AUGGGGGGAAACACUACUCAGUUCCUGUUCUUUAACUUAACCAUGUUCUUAAAAAUUGAAGUUUACCGCUACCCUGCCUUUGUCUUGUGCCUGUUGAUAUAUUGUUUUAUCCUGUUUGCCAAUCUGGUUGUGAUCACUGUUAUUUCACGUGAGAGGUCUCUACACGAGCCAAUGUACUUAUUCAUUGCUUGCUUGUCUUUCAAUGCUUUGUAUGGCUCUACUGGAUUUUUCCCCAGGUUUUUGAUGGAUCUACUUUCUGACACUCACCUCAUCUCACGGCCAGCUUGUUUCAUUCAGGUGUAUACUAUUUACAGCUUUGUGGGCUGUGACUUAAUGAUACUUGGGGUCAUGGCAUAUGAUAGAUAUGCUGCUGUAUGCUAUCCUUUACACUAUCACAGGAAAAUGAACUUGAAUACGUUUGCUAUAUUAGCAGUAGUGACCUAUAUCUAUCCUUUUGUUAUCGUAAUAGCAUGCGUUUUGCUAUCAGCUAAGCUUCCAUUAUGUGGCAACAAAAUACACAAAGUGUACUGUGCUAACUGGAAUAUAGUCAAACUCUCUUGUGUUUCCACAGCUCUUAAUAACAUGGUAGGGAUGCUUCUAUCCAUAACUGUUGUCUUUAUCCCCCUCUUAUUUGUAUUGUACACAUAUUUACGGAUUGUCACUAUUUGUUGGAAAGCCUCCUCAGAAUAUAAAGGUAAAAUUUUCCAAAACUGCUUACCACAUAUUAUAUCGUUCACAACUUUUUGUCUUGCAUCAUUUUGUGAUGUCAUUUUGAGUCGCAUUGACCUGGAGAUGAUUAAUCCAGUCCUUGCUGUUAUUUUAUCAAUGGAAGUUGUUAUAAUUACUCCGAUUGUGAAUCCUCUUGUGUAUGGGCUGAAGUUACCAGAAAUAAGAAAACAAAGUUUUAAGAUGCUAUUCUUAACACCUAAAUACUGUAAAUAA